AUGUUGACGAAACCAAUUACCACUUCUGUACUUCGUCAGUGGAAGCUUGCUAAAGAAAAAUUCUCGUGUAUUACUGCCUAUGAUGCCAGCUUUUCGAGGCUAUUUGAAGAACAGGGAAUGCCGGUUAUGCUUGUUGGAGAUUCGCUAGGAAUGGCAGCCCAAGGCCACACCUCGACUUUACCGGUGAGCGUUUCCGAUGUUGCUUACCAUACUAGAAGCGUUCGACGCGGUGCACCCAAUUGCCUGUUGAUGGCUGACAUGCCAUUCAUGAGUUAUAGCAAUGCGGACGACGCAUGCAAAAACGCAGCAUCUCUUAUGCGUUCUGGAGCAAAUGUUGUCAAACUAGAAGGAAGUGGAAGUUGGAUUUAUGACACCAUUCGAAAACUGGCUGAAAGAUCCGUUCCUGUUUGUGGACACAUUGGAAUGACGCCUCAAGCUGUGAAUAUUUAUGGAGGUUUCAAGAUUCAGGGAAGAAAUGAAACUGCUGCUAAUCAGAUUUUGGAAUCAGCAAAGCAAAUAGAAAAAGCUGGAGCUCAAAUAUUAGUGUUGGAAUGCAUUCCUGAAACGUUAGGACAGCAAAUCACAGAAUCUGUUUCGAUUCCUACGAUUGGAAUUGGAGCUGGUAAACACACAGAUAGUCAAAUCCUUGUUAUGCAUGAUGCACUGGGCAUUUCCAGUGGAAAAGCUCCACGGUUUGUGAAAAACUUUCUGAGCGGAACCGGGGACAUACGAGCUGCCGUCCGACUAUACAUACAAGAAGUGAAAGAAGGGCUUUAUCCAGCAAAAGAGCAUACCUAUUAA